AUGUCCAUGAAGGACAUGAUUACCAAAGUCCUCAAAAAUAUCAAACAACAUGACUUGCUUGGCACUUCUUGGCUCUAUGCCGGCUUUGAGCUUGAAGGAUUGGACUCACUCUCUUUCACUUACACUGUAUAUCAGUCUCAAAACAAGGAUGUUUCUUUCAACAACAAAGAUGACUAUGCUGAGCUCUGUACUCAGGUGCAGGAUGUGAGAAAAGCAGAGGUGGCACUCAAAUUACUUGAACAGAAGGUUAUCGCUGGCGACGAUCCAACUGAAGACAAGCAAGAUGAAGAAGACAAUGAGAACCCCCAAAAGAAACGAAAACAGCAUGUGCCGUCAACAGAGGAAAUAGCACACGACCAGCAUAUCAUCAACCUGCAAAACAAAUAUCACUGCGGAGACCGAGCCUGCCCAUAUGACAUAUGUUAUCCCUCAGGUCCAACUGCCAAGCAUGAGGCUAAUACAGUCGGAGUUGAUAUUGAGCAUCCUCCGAACUCAAAAAUCUUUGAUCCAACCAACCAUGAUAAUGACGAGGAUGAUAUCGCAGCUCUUGCAUGA